AUGCUUUACACAUCUAUCAUCGUUGCUCUUGUUCCUUUCGCAGUGGCUGGUCCCAUUGCUCCCCGAGCCGGCCUCGGCAGCGGACUCCCUGGCCUCGGAGGCGGCUCUGGCUCUGGUCUCCCCAGUCUCCCCAGUCUCGGAGGUGGUUCUGGCUCUGGUUUGCCCAAGCUUCCCGGCCUAGGAGGUGGUUCCGGUGCUGGUGGUCUUCCUAGCCUUCCCAGUCUUGGUGGCGGUUCUGGAUCUGGUGGUUUGCCUAGCCUCCCAGGCCUUGGAGGCGACUCUGGCUCUGGCUCUGGUCUGCCCAGUCUUCCUGGACUUGGAGGCGGCUCCGGCUCCGGCCUGCCUAGUCUUCCUGGCCUCGGAGGUGGCUCGGGCGGUCUCCCCAGCAUCCCCGGACUUGGAGGGGAUGACUCUUCAGAUGAGUCCCCCAGCGCUACUGCUCCCAGCGUUGUGGCUCCCACUGCUUCCCCUCAGACCUCUCCUACUGCCCCUAGUGGCUCUACUGGAGGAUCUGCUGGUACGGAUGGCCCUGCUUCUCGCCGCGGCUUCUUUGAUGGUGGUUCAUCUGGAUCUGGCUCUCCCCUCUCUGGCUUUCUGGGAUCCGGCGGCUCUUCUUCUGGCGGCUCUUCCGGAGACUCUUCUUCCGGAGGUGCGUCUAGCUCUCCCUUUGGUAGUUUCCUAGGAUCCGGUGCCGGUGGACUUGGCGGCUCUACUAUGAACGACCUCAGCGGCGACUGCAAGGACGUCACUGUCAUCUUUGCCCGUGGUACCACCGAGGCUGGCAACGUUGGUACAGCUGCUGGACCUCCCUUCUUCAAGGCCCUUGGCGAGAAGAUUGGCCAGGACAAGCUCGCUGUUCAGGGUGUCGACUACAGCGCCAGCGUUGCUGGUAUCAUGCAGAUGGGCGACAAGGCCGGCUCUGAAAAGAUGGCGAGCCUUGUCACGGAGGCUGCUAAGAAGUGCCCCAAGACCAAGAUUGUCAUGUCUGGAUACUCGCAAGGAGCUAUGCUGGUGCACAACGCUGCCAGGGCUCUUCCUGCUGAGACCACUGCCAAGGUUGCUGCCGUCCUCAACUUCGGCGACCCUUUCCAGAGGCAGGCCAUCCAGGGCGUCUCGGCUGAUAAGGUCAAGAUCAUCUGCCACGCAGGCGAUGGUGUCUGCGCCGGUACUGCUGCCAUCACUCCCGAUCACCUUACCUACAGCAAGGAUGCUGGUGCUGCUGCUGAGUUUGUUGCCAGCAAGGUGCAAUAA